UGCAGACAGAGCAAGCUGAUGUGAUGAUGAGGAGGACGAUGAAGGAGGGUAAAGGAUGCCGUUCACCUCCAUCAUGAGACCGAAUCUCACCUUUACUCACCUGGUCAGGUAACCUGGGUCAGCUGAUGACAGGUGAAGGAUCAGAUUGAAUCCUGAUAUUAUUUUGAACAUCUCUACUCUACAGUCAACCCCCCUUUUUGCUGACAUCACAUGCUCCUUUAGUCACCCCAUCCCUCUAGCCGCAAUUCCUCCUGGUUGAGCCUGCCCCCCUUGACAUCAUGCCGGUCCUCCUUAAUGCCAACCCCUCAUUCAGUUCAAAGGCUGAGCUGUUGGACCUUGAGGAUAGUCAGAUGGGUGGGGCGUUGUCUCUGGACUCUAGCCCUCAUGGCUCUCAGACCAGCAGCCCCCUAAAUUCUGGUCCCAGGAGCACCUGCAGCCUAGAAAGUGCCAGGCAGUCCCACAUCUUCACGGUUGCGUCCUCCCUGCACAGACAGGGAUACAGAGUGGGGAAGGAUCCUCGUCACAGAGUGGACUCGGAGCAGCUGUGUGGGUGGAGCAGGCUGACCCCCAGGGCUCUGCAGGUCUUUAACACGCCCCGCUGGGUGCUGGUCUUCCUGUGCGCAGCGUCCUUUCUCCAGGGGAUGAUCAUCAAUGGCUUCAUCAACACCGUCAUCACGUCCAUCGAGAGACGCUUUGACUUGCGCAGCUACCAGGCAGGUCUCAUCGCCAGUUCCUACGACAUCGCCGCCUGCCUCUGCCUCGCCUUCGUCAGCUACUUCGGUGGGAAUGGACACAAACCGCGUUGGCUUGGCUGGGGAGUCCUGGUCAUGGCGCUGGGCUCUCUUGUGUUCACCACGCCGCACUUCACCACACCACCCUACCAGGUCAGCCUACCGGAGCAUUCAGAACUCUGCUACACCAACCGCUCCUCACCAUGCCAGAACAAGGAUGGAGCGGGGCUCUCCAGCUACCGCUUUGUGUUCAUGCUGGGACAGUUACUGCACGGUGUCGGGGCCACGCCCCUUUACACACUAGGAGUCACAUACCUGGACGAGAACGUUGAGUCCAACUAUGCUCCAGUCUACAUUGGGAUUUUCUACACUGCAGCCAUCUUGGGUCCAGCAGCAGGUUACCUGCUGGGAGGUCACUUCCUGAACAUGUUCACAGAGGUCGGCAUGACAACUGAUCUGACUCCAGAGAAUCCUCUGUGGGUUGGAGCCUGGUGGGUCGGCUUCCUGGCAGGAGGAGCAGCAGCUCUGAUCAUUGCCAUCCCCAUCCUUGGCUACCCUCGCCAACUGCCAGGCUCUCAUGCAUUGAUGUCAUCGAGGGUUUCUGAAGCUCACCAGCUGAAGGAUGGCAGUCACACCAUGACCUCUGACCCUCAGUUUGGAAAGUCUGUCAGAGACAUGCCCAGGUCCAUACUCCUCCUCCUAAAGAACCCAACCUUCCUCUUCCUCUGUCUCUCUGGAGCGACCGAUGCCACACUCAUCGCUGGGAUGGCAACCUUUGGUCCAAAGUUUUUGGAGUCUCAGUUCAGUCUGAGUGCCUCGGAGGCAGCCACAUGGUUUGGAUACAUGGUGGUCCCAGCAGGAGGGGGGGGCACCUUCCUGGGGGGUUACAUUGUGAAGAAGCUGAACCUGCGCUGUCGAGGAAUUAUCCGCUUCUGUUUGAUGUGUGCAACUGUCAGCCUGCUCGCCAACUUCAUCUUCAUCAUCCACUGCCCAAACCUUCCAAUGGCUGGGGUCACCACCUCCUAUGGGUCAGGACAUCUGACUGGAAACCAGUAUGACCAGAACGCUGCCAAGAAUCAGCAGAAAACCUUCCAGAUGUACCAGUCUGAGCAUACCAGUAGUAAAAACAGCUCUCUGUCCACAGGUUGUAAUUCAGACUGCAGGUGUGUCAAAGAGAUGUAUCACCCUGUGUGUGGAGCUGAUGGUGUGAUGUAUUACUCUCCGUGUCAUGCUGGCUGCAGCUCCAUCAACCACACCGAGCGGCGGUCAGGCCGACAGGUGUACUCAGGGUGUACCUGUGUGGCCAGUAAUGUCUCUCAGGUAGAUAGUGGUUUGGCCCUGGCAGGGAAGUGUAGUAGCUCGUGUCACCACAUGGGGGCGUUCCUCUCCCUCUUCUUUAUCCUCAUCCUCUUCACCUUCCUCUGCAGCAUCCCUGCUCUGACUGCCACACUCAGGUGUGUUCCUGAUAGUCAGAGGUCAUUUGGCCUUGGGAUCCAGUGGAUUGUGGUUCGAACAUUUGGGAGUAUUCCAGGUCCAAUAGCAUUUGGCUCUGUCAUCGAUUUGUCGUGUCUACUGUGGCAGGAUCAGUGUGGAGAGCAGGGCUCCUGUUACCUUUACCACAACUCUGCCAUGAGCCGAUACAUGCUGAUCGCUGGCAUCAUCUACAAGGUGUUGGGGAUCACUUUCUUCUUAUUGGCCAGUGAGAUGUACGCACCUCCUCCUCCUCCAUCUCCUCAAAGCAGCUGGGAGAGCAAUGACCAAUCAGGAGGAGGGGUAGGAGACCUGAGUGAUCUGCCAAUCAAAGACCUGCCUGAAGAUGGCGUCAUCAUCAACCUGCAUGCCAGGUUAUGAUAUCACAGACCCUGACGACCAACAUGAGAGUUAGGGGGCGCUCUCACCUCACCAUCAGCCUUCAGACAGCCAUAAUGCUAGUAACUGUUUUUAUGAAUCAGUGCUAACUUGUUUUUUAUUCAUGCCAUCUGAAUCAUUUAUCCUCUCUUCUUCCUGCCAGUAUUUUCUUUAUCACACAGAAAGUUUUUAUUCUGAUUAAUCCACAGUCGAUUUACAUGAACAUACAAAUUAAUAGGCAGAGUUUCAGCUUUCACAUCAGCAGCUGAUUUAAAGAAAGAAAUCAAAUAUAUGACAAUGAUAUUGCAAUGCAUGUUAGAGUGGAAGAGUAAGAUAAUUAGCGCUAAUACAUAAGGUAACUCACACACACCAUAAACCUGAUUAUUCAUCAGCUUUUUCUCCAGAGAGAAGUCUGCCAUAGACAAAGUGAACCUGUGAACAUGAGAGUCAGACACCAUGUGAUUGGUAAAAGAAUGUUAAUGCUCCCCUAACUGUGCUGCCGAGCAAACAUCACCUGUGCUUCUGUGCUGGUUGUGUUAUAUAAUUAUAUUUGUAUUAUUAACAAAAUAAUGAUGAUAACAAUUCUAAUGAUCAUUUUUAUUAUUAUUGUUAUUAUUAUUAUUAUUUGUGGGUUUUUUUGGGGUAAAAAUCCCUUUCUUUGUGAAUCACUCAGUUAAAAACGUGUCUCACACACACAGAGAAGGGUUAGCCCUCACACUCUAAUGGCGCUUUCACAUUAGGCCCAGUUGUUUCAACUGCACCGCGGCGUGAUUCCUCCCCCUCCCCCCCGCUGGCUUUCUUUCACACUAGCAACAUCGAACCGUGCCCU